AUGCCCUCUAGAGCAGUCCAAACGUUGACCCUGGAAUAUGUUGAGGACUAUGGUUGGGCUGUAGAGGAAAGAAUAUGUUUGCGUUCCUUAAUUCAACAAGACCAGUACAUCUCUCACAUUCAUCUCAAGAUACCCAACCUUUUCGAGCAAUGCACAGUGGCCGAACCACGUCCCAUUCCAGUUCCCAACGAUGAACAACUUGAGAAGCUCACCCAAUUACGGGUGCGGGCUACUCAGCGUGCCGAAAGACGUGAAUUGAUUUACCACACUAUUUCUCGAGCCAUUAACCGUGUCGACACUGCUAUGGGGGUGGUCGAAAACUACUACCAGAUACUGGUGGCCGAAAAGGGAAGGCUCAUGCGUAUCCGUCGGCACAUGUUGGGCAAACUGUCCGCUGAGCAGCAUAAUGAUGAGCGAUUGGAAUCAAUCAACCUCAGUCACAACUUUCUUACCAAAUCCAACAAGGUACAACCCCUUCGAGGAGAAGCAACAUCUCCAACAAAGCAUCCAGCCAAAAAGAAACAGCUUCGGCUUGAUUUACGCGCUGAGCCUCAACACUACUUGCGAAACUCCCCAUUACCACGCGCGGAUCAGCUAUUCAGAACCAUAAAAAUCGGCUGCAAACUAUGUUUCAAACACAAUGCUAAUCAAAACGAAGUGGCAAACAAUACGCGCCCAAUCGCAGUUAUCAGCGAUGACCACCUUGAAAUGUUGACACGGAUUCGAGUCCGUGCCAGUUUCCGAGCGGAGGCUCGGCAGCGGAUCUUUGCAGAAGCCUCUUUCAUUAUGCAGACCUUGCAAGAUAUCAUGGGACAACCAUACCCUCAUCAGCUCCCGAUAGGGACUCUUCUAUAG